AGCUGGGCGCGGGGCGCGAGCGCGGUGGCGGCGGGGCGCCGUUAGCACCGGCAGCAGCAGCAGCGGCAGCAGCGGCGGCGCCGCGGGCGGGCGGGCAGGCAGGCAGGCAGGCAGGCAGGCAGGCAGGCAGGCAGAAGUUUUUUCCGCAGAUCCCUCCUGCAGCUCGGGGCUGCCUUGCGGAGGCGCGAACGUCUCCCUGCGCGUUGGGUGUGUUUUGCCCCCUUUUUUUUUUGUUUGCUUUUUUAAUUGCAUUUUUUAUUUUAAUUUUUUAUUUUAGUUUUUUGUUGGUUUUGAGGCGCGUGGCUCUCAGAGCUUGCCCUUCCCCGCCCGUGCCCCCUCCACCCCGCCGCCUGGAGGACCCCCUCAUCCCCACCCGCGCUCCCGUCCCCGCCGCCGCGCACGACCCUUCCCCCGACCCCCUGCGCCCGCCCGAAACUUGGCGGGUGCGCGGCGCCAGGCAGGGAGGGUGCCGGCCGGCCGGCCGCCCAGCAGGUCCUGUGAAGCAGUAGAUGUAAUUUGAAGAAAAUUGAAGAAACAAAUGGCUUUAGCUGGCUGCCCAGACUCCUUUUUGCAUCUUCCUUAUCGGAUAGACAAUGUAGAUCAGACUUCGGCUCAUGGUCGGCGGGAUCUGGUGGAACCGGGUUUCCAAGAACCAUCUAACCGCAUCUCCCUGAAUCACCAAGAUGACGAUGUGGACCUAGAAGCUUUGGUAAAUGACAUGAAUUCCUCAUUUGAAAGUUUAUACUCUACAUGCAGUAUGCAGUCAGAAACCACUCCGCUCCUUCAAAAUGGUCAACUCAACCGCAGUCAGUUGCCAUCCUCAGGAUCUGGCGCCCUGCAGCCCAUGUCUCCAAGGCAGAAGGUGCAGCGGUCUCAGCCAGUGCGCAUUAUGGCAGUGAGGCGUCUUCAAGAAGAAGAACAGCAAUUCAGAACAUCGUCUUUGCCGGCCAUCCCAAAUCCCUUCCCAGAACUUUGUAGCCCCGCAAGCUCUCCAGUGCUGGCCCCUGGAUCUUUACCUCAGAGUCAACCUCCUAGUAAGCAUGAUGUAAAAGUCUUUAGUGAAGAUGGAACAAGCAAAGUGGUCGAGAUUCUAGCAGACAUGACAGCCAGGGACCUCUGUCAGCUGCUCGUUUACAAAAGUCAUUGUGUGGAUGAUAACAGCUGGACUCUAGUGGAGCAUCACCCUCACCUAGGAUUAGAGAGGUGCUUGGAAGAUCAUGAGCUCAUAGUUCAAGUCGAGUCCACAAUGGGAAGUGAAAGUAAAUUUUUGUUCAGGAAGAAUUACGCAAAAUAUGAAUUUUUCAAAAAUCCCAUGAAUUUCUUUCCAGAGCAAAUGGUUGCCUGGUGCCAGCAAACAAAUGGCAGUAUCCCACAGUCACAACUUUUGCAGAACUUUUUAAAUUCCAGUAGCUGCCCUGAAAUUCAAGGUUUCUUGCAUGUCAAAGAGCUGGGUAGGAAAUCGUGGAAGAAAUUGUAUGUGUGUUUGAGGAGAUCAGGACUUUAUUGUUCUACAAAAGGAACUUCAAAGGAGCCAAGACAUUUGCAGUUGUUGGCUGACCUAGAAGACAGCAAUAUCUUCUCGUUGAUAGCAGGCAAGAAGUUGUACAAUGCACCUGCGGAGUAUGGAUUUUGUAUAAAGCCCAACAGAGUGAGAAAUGAAACUAAGGAGCUGAGGUUGUUGUGUGCUGAAGAUGAACAAAGCAGGACAUGCUGGAUGACUGCCUUUCGACUUCUCAAGUAUGGAAUGCUACUGUAUCAGAAUUACAGAAUUCCCCAGCAGAGAAAAGCCAUGCUUCCACACUUUUCCACUCCAGUAAGAAGUGUAUCUGAAAACUCACUAGUAGCAAUGGAUUUUUCGGGGCAAAUAGGAAGAGUUAUUGAAAAUCCUGCUGAAGCACAGAGUGCUGCCUUGGAAGAAGGACAUGCUUGGAGGAAACGUAGCACAAGAAUGAACAUCUUGGGUAGCCAAAGUCCACUCCAUCCUUCCACACUGAGUACAGUUAUUCACAGGACACAGCACUGGUUUCAUGGCAGAAUCUCUAGAGAAGAAUCUCACAGGAUUAUUAAGCAACAAGGGCUUGUAGAUGGACUAUUUCUUCUCCGGGACAGCCAAAGCAAUCCAAAGGCAUUUGUACUUACGCUGUGCCAUCAUCAAAAAAUAAAGCAUUUUCAAAUCUUGCCGUGUGAAGAUGAUGGACAGAUAUUUUUCAGCCUGGAUGAUGGGAACACCAAAUUCAGUGAUCUAAUCCAGCUUGUUGAAUUCUAUCAACUAAACAAAGGAGUCUUGCCCUGCAAACUCAAACACCACUGCAUCCGAGUGGCCUUAUGACCUCAAAUCUGACUCUCACUGAAGACUGGAUUUGCUAGAAGAGUAAUUGUAAGAGAACGUUGACACUGGGGAAUUGGCAGAUUUGUAAGUUGGUAAAAAUAAAUAAAAAUAUUAUGCACCUUGGGACUCUGAAAGGGAUGGAUUCGACAGGUGCCAACAGACCAAGAUUGCUGGUUUGUCUAACACCUAAGAGCGAUUGCUGCUGAGUGUCCCAGCAUCCCAAAAAUGGGGGGAGGGUAUGUAAAACCAUGAGUAAAUUUGAAACAAAACUGGAAACUAUCUUGGCUGGGCCACUUAACAGGAACAAGUGUGAAGAGAAAUCUUUGAAAAGAACUCUUGCCCUGGAAUAAUCUUGACAAUUAAGACUAGUGUGUUUACUUUUUGUAUUGAUCACUUUUUUUGCACUCCUACUUUGUUUCGGAUAUUGUAUGCAGCCUAUAUUAGGAGCUGAUGUGGCUUUUAAAAUUCAUGCAGGAGUUGGGUAUUAAUCUGCACCCUAAAAUGUAUGGAAUGCUUCAGCCUAAAAGGAUCUAGAAGAAAAUCAAGAAGUGUGUGUGUGUGCGCGCGUGUGUCUCAAAACUUCUCUGGAGACCUGAGGUUCGAUGAUCUGCAGAUGUCUUUGAAGAAGCAAUGAGGAUACAAUUCUAAAAGAACAUACCACCAUAUACGUACUCUUAAAACUGUUGACUUGUAGCAUUAUGGCUGUAGUAUGUUGAUGGCAUAUUAGUGGCAUCCAGUCAUGCAAAGACUGUAUUAGAUUCUAUGCACAAAUUUUUAUUACUGGAGUGGUGGUUUGUUUUUUACAGCCUUUUGACUGUUUUCCUGAGGAAACUUACUGUUACUAAAUAGAAUAGGACUGAAUGACUACACUUGUAUUUGAAACCACCAUUUUUUGUGAGAAGAUUAUUCUGCAGGUAGUCUUAGUAUGACAAAAUAAAAAAAGAAAACACAAAAAAACCAACAAAAAAAAACAAAACAGUGUUUUUAGCUUUAUAGCUCCUUGAAUUUUCAGACUGUUUCAAAGAGCUCUUUCUAUAUAGUAAAGCUACAGUGACACAAAGCUCUCCUGGGGAAUAGGGCAUGAAAAGAACUGUACCCCUUCUGCUAUCUGUAGGGCCAUGAAAGUUUACAUGGUGAGAAAGAACAGACUGGGAAUGGAAGCACAUUUGAUUGUGAACUAGCUGCGGGCAAUAUCAUCCGCCGAGGUAACUGGUCAUCUCUGUGUCAUGCACGCUAAAGCACGCCAGUACCUCUGGCAGGCAAGCAUGUAUCCUGCUCCAGUGCUGGUUUGUCAUCAGAACAACUUUAUUGUUAAUGUUUAAAUCAAUUAUUUAAUGUUUACACAAUAACUCUUUCUGAUGACAAAUCAGUAUUAAAGUGAGAUGAGUCCCACCUUGAUCCUCCGAUUGCAAAUGUCAUUCUUUCAGCAAGGCAGUUGGUGCAGGAACUGUUUCUGGAUUAACUUCCCAGUGCUUCGUGCAGUUAGCCACAGUGAGAAGUAUUCCACCCUGGGAACUUGCAGAGCGUAGUGCAGAAUGGAGCAUUCUUGAGAUGGUAAAUGAUUUACACAGACUAGUUCAUCCUUACUAAUAUUUGCCACUGGGUUUGAAAUCCUAGCCAUCGGAAAGGGUAAAGAAGGAAAACCAAUCUACACCUUUAGGUCUUCAUGUAGUGUUGAGAAUAGCUUAAGACAAACCAUAACCUGCCUGAGUCGUCCAUAUCAGCUUAUAACUAUGUCAAUGGUAUAGAAACACUGUAUUUUAGUUUACAGAACACAUUUAGUAUUUUUUUUUCCAUUUAAUGUCUAGAUAUUAAAAAUGAAGAAACUUGAUUUUGUUUUCAGUAGAAGCCUUUUUUUUUUUAAUUGUACAUAGUGAAAUGAGUGUUCCUGCUUUCUAGACAAUGUAUUUUAAAACCUUGAAAUUCAGCUAACUUAAGUCUGACUUCACUUUGCAUGCUUCUAUUUGGCCCCUAUUAGGAGAAAAAUGAUACUUGUAUUGACUACAUUACCAGUUUAAUAAGACCAUUUAUGCUGUAGUUUUAAGUUUUUCUGUUUACAUAGCUUAGUGACAACCAUGCAUUUUUCCCAGUAGGCGGAUAGUAUUUGCAGUGUUUCAUAUUUAUAAAAAAAACCUUGCAUCUUAUUUAAAUUGAGAAUAAAAGUUUGACUAUGAAUCAUGAUUUUUGUAUGUAGAUGGUUGACUUAGUAUUUUGUACUUUUCCCAGCUAAAGUGAGCUGUUUUGAGAAAGUGACCACCUUCAAAGUGGCAACAAUCUUACUUAAGCAGAUCACUGCUUUGUCUUCUUUCUGCUGGAAAACAGUCAAUACCACCUUAGUUUUCCAACAGAUUCAGCUGGCUGCCAGCUCAGAAUACCAAGGACUGAAGGACAUUUGACUCUUAUUUUUGUAUUUAAAUGACAUGAAUGUAAAGGGGAUGCUCAGGGUUGUUUUGGAGCCUGUUGAAUUUUUAUCUUUUUGCCUGUGAUUUUAUUUUCUAAAUAAAUACUUCAUGUAGCAAUCUUGAAUAUGUUGAGAAGGAAAAUGCCAAACCAUUUUGGUAAUGAGGUUACUAGUUAAGUUAUGUUACGAUAGGUGUUAAAGUACAAAAAACUUUUUAUUUGUUAAUUAAUCUUGAAGAAACACGUGCCUCAGUUUAGAUGUUUUGUCUUAUCUUUUCUGCACUAAAUACCUGACAGUUUGACCAAUCAAUGCACCUUUCCAGUGGCAAGACUUGCUUAUCGUAAAUUAUAUUGUCACAAUGCAAGAUUUAGUGACUGUAAAAUGGAAUAAAGUUUAAAGUUUCAGGGAAUGCAAAAGGUAUUAACUUAAGAGACAAAACCUUUAUUCAAUAUGCUUUGCUUCAUACUGUAAAUAGCUUUUUGGCUUGUGAACCUAAUUGUAAUCUUUCAGGUAUUUUUGUACAAAUAAGGGACUGAUAUUCUGUUUCUUGUAAUUAGAAAUAAACGUUAAUACAAUGCUAUUCAUUUUA